GUGCACAAAUUUGAAAUUUUUUUGUUAUGGGAGAAAUAACGCAUAAUUCGAAAAGUCUCCAAAACCCAAACUACACUGAUGAUCUUUUAUGUGUAUGUGUUCCGUGUGGGUCGGGGUGGGACAAGUUAAUAUGCUUCUUUCUUCCCGACAGAGAGAAAAUUCAGUACGCUUUAGGAGUUCCUCAGAGACGGACGCAUCUCGGAUGCGAGCCGGAAUUAGUGCCGCAAUGAAGACAGUGAGGAUCAGUGGCAGCAUACUGUGCCAAGUGUCCGCGAACGAGACGGAAUUCAGCGACAGUGAACGCCUCCCUGGAUGUCAGGAAGGGCCCCAGAGUGCGCCCUACAGCGUCACCUUAUAUGUUAGAGGGCCUCCCGGAGGACGGUGUGUGGCUGAAGACCCUCCGGAUCAGCAUUUGGCCGUAGAGUUGUCAAUUGGCUCUGCGCUGCCGGCCCAUGGGACAAUGGAAGAGUCGCCCAAGUCUCUUAGCGCUUUGCAUCUCAAGGACUCUGCAAAGUCGCCGGAAUGGAAUGGCUCAGCCAUGGAGAAGCCACCAGUAGAGUUGCUUUUACACUCUACCACAUCCUGUCCCGAAGGAAGUCACGAGAGCGCGUCAAUAUGCUCUCCUUCAUCAGCGUCCGGAGACGCCAGAAGAGUCACUGUUUGGCUCUUUCCAAAGCUGUGGAAAAGAAGUGGGAAAAGGCAUCCCCCACGUGCAAUCAUCCCCGUCUGGAAGAUCGUGAUGGAACGACGAGAGACGCAGAAUUCUCCAGCAUCCAGCCACCUUCGUGUAGAAGCAACGAUGAAAAGUGAGAGACGCCGUCGCUGAGAGAUAUGCUGUAGAAGAAGAACCCCUGUACUCCUGAAAUGGUCGAAUAAACCCUGGACUACCAGGAAUGAACCUUAUAAAUGGCGCCCAACCAUCGGUGGAACCAGAGAGAAAAUUCAGUACGCUUUAGGAGUUCCUCAGAGACGGACGCAUCUCGGAUGCGAGCCGGAAUUAGUGCCGCAAUGAAGACAGUGAGGAUCAGUGGCAGCAUACUGUGCCAAGUGUCCGCGAACGAGACGGAAUUCAGCGACAGUGAACGCCUCCCUGGAUGUCAGGAAGGGCCCCAGAGUGCGCCCUACAGCGUCACCUUAUAUGUUAGAGGGCCUCCCGGAGGACGGUGUGUGGCUGAAGACCCUCCGGAUCAGCAUUUGGCCGUAGAGUUGUCAAUUGGCUCUGCGCUGCCGGCCCAUGGGACAAUGGAAGAGUCGCCCAAGUCUCUUAGCGCUUUGCAUCUCAAGGACUCUGCAAAGUCGCCGGAAUGGAAUGGCUCAGCCAUGGAGAAGCCACCAGUAGAGUUGCUUUUACACUCUACCACAUCCUGUCCCGAAGGAAGUCACGAGAGCGCGUCAAUAUGCUCUCCUUCAUCAGCGUCCGGAGACGCCAGAAGAGUCACUGUUUGGCUCUUUCCAAAGCUGUGGAAAAGAAGUGGGAAAAGGCAUCCCCCACGUGCAAUCAUCCCCGUCUGGAAGAUCGUGAUGGAACGACGAGAGACGCAGAAUUCUCCAGCAUCCAGCCACCUUCGUGUAGAAGCAACGAUGAAAAGUGAGAGACGCCGUCGCUGAGAGAUAUGCUGUAGAAGAAGAACCCCUGUACUCCUGAAAUGGUCGAAUAAACCCUGGACUACCAGGAAUGAACCUUA